CUGUUAGAAAAAUAAACCGAGCCUGGUCCUAAGACAAGUCCAAGAUCUUGUUUAAAAUUAUAAACUUUCCUAUUUUUAGACACACUGACACGCAAGCUUUUUAGGUGCCAUCAAUUUAUCAGCUUGCCGACAGAAAAUGUUGAAUUAACUCGCUGCAGCCAUGAAAGUUGACAGGACCGACGAACCUGUGAAAAAGGGCAGUGUACUGCUCACUGCCAAACCCUUUGCCUACGUGCUGAAGUCAAAGCUGCAAGGCCAACGAUGUGAUUUUUGCUUCGUAAGUACUGAAGUCAAGAGAUGUUCGGGCUGUAAGUUCGUGUACUAUUGUGGACAGGUGUGCCAAAGAGAAGCAUGGCCUGAUCACAGCGCUGAGUGUGCAGGUUUCAAAAAGGUAGCUCCAAAAAUAGUACCAGAUUGCGCCCGGUUGAUGGGAAAGAUAAUCAUGAAACUAAAAAAAGGAGGUGAUGAUGAAAAGGGCCAGAUUAGCAAUACCAGAUUUAGAAAAUUCAAGGACCUCAUGUCGCACUAUUCAGAUUUGAAGAACGACUCAAAAAGGUUGGACCACUUUCAGUCUCUUGUUGCAGUUUUGAGCGCCUACCUAGGACCUAGCAACUUGCCCAACAUGGUUGAAAUGAUGGGAAUUUUUGGAAGGAUAUGCGUCAACAGCUUUAACAUUCUUGACGUGGACAUGAUCAGCAUAGGCACGGGCAUUUACUUGGCGCCGACCAUCAUCGAUCACUCGUGCCGACCAAAUGCUGUCGCCGUUUUUGAAGGCACCACGAUCUACAUUCGUGCCACCCAAGACAUGCCCAGUCUUGAUUGGACUAAGAUACGAAUUUCGUACAUUGAUCUUCUCAACAGCUCUCAGGACAGGCGGAAUGAAUUAAAAACGGGUUAUUAUUUCCUUUGUGACUGUGCUCACUGUGCCGACGUUGAGAAUGAGAGCAAAUUCCUCAACUCAAUGCUGUGCAACACCUCUGGGUGCGAUGGCGCCAUUCCUUUUGACCUAAACGACUCUCCUUUGAACUGUCCAAAGUGUGGUCAGCAAGUCAAGUCUUCCCGUGUCGCCGAUUACCAAGAGGCAGUUGCGUUUACCAAGGAAAAGCUUGAAAGCAUGAAGGACGUUGCGUAUCUUGAUGUAUGUAGAUUUAUUUUGAAGAAGCAGGGCGAUCUCUUCCACCCCCUGAAUUUGCAUCGAGCGAAAACUCUGGACUCGGCCUUUGAAAGUUCUAUUGAUCUGCAGCAGUGGGACGAUGGCUCGGAUUUCGGCACUAGUCUCCUUCCAGCGUACCACCACUAUUACGGGCCAAACCAUCCGCUGGUUGGAAUACUUUACCUCAAGUUGGCAAAGAUUCAGAAUCUCACCGGCAGUGACGACGCGUUUGAAAACGCCAGGGAGGCCGAAAAAAUCCUCACAAUCACGCAUGGUCGCGACAGCACGCUUUUCAAGCAGCAACUUCUACCUCUGAUGCAUCAGCUUAGGCAGUAGCCUGUUUUUCAUUUGAUUAGGAUUUUAAUUUAGUUUUUUGCUCUCCAAUGGCAAGUUAUUUCAACCAUCUUGUUGCACAAAAGUCAAUGAAACACACUUAACACUUUCUGUUCAACUCAGGUAUGACAUAAUGUUUGGUUUUUAUGAUUUAAACUCUUUGUUGCCCUUGUGUUUUUCUUCGUUAGUUAAAAGCCUGAAAGAUUUAAUUUAAAUUGUUCAUCAACACUCCAAUAAUUGCUCCACUCCCCUUGUAUUGACAAUAAUUUGCAGAUAAUAUUUAUUUGAUUACUGAAAUAUUUUGUUUGAUUUGUGUUUAAGACUAAUGCUGAGAUAUCUUUUACAAAAUGAAAUGUGUUGCAAGGAAUACAAUUCAUAAUUGAACUGUGGUCAUAAUUUUAAUAGAUAAUAAAUUUUAAAUCAUGUAUUUGAAUAAAA